AUGGUUUUGCGCUUGCUCAUGCGCAAACUGAGGAAACAACAGCUGGUUCUGAGUGACUAUCUUACCAUGUUGGCAAUCUUGAUUGUGCUGGCUCGAUCGAUAAUCGGUACUGUUAUAACCUUGUGGGGGGAUAAUAACUAUCACAACCCUGAAAAUUUCACCGCAACGGAAAUUUACCAGCGUGAAGUCGGAAGCAAGUUGACCGUUGCAAAUCGGAUGCUGUAUAAGGUGUAUCUUUGGAUUCAGAAAUCGGUUAUAUUGCUUCUGUACAGCUGCAUAUUCGCUUGUCUACCUCUCGCUGUGCGAAUCAUCAAGUUCUUCUGGGUUGUGCUCUUGGUGACCUUCUGCGCUGUGCAAGCUACUACCUUUGUCGACUGCCACCCUGCGCGACUCUUCUGGCAGGUUGUACCGAAUCCUGGUUAG